AUGACUUGCAUUCUGACUUCCAAGCAGGCAGGAGAGCUUCACAAGUCUAUGAUUGCGUACCUGUCCUCUGUGAAUGCAAUUCAAAGUGUUGCUGUUCUGGAGAAAGAGCUUCCAGUUGACAUCACUUUUAAUGAUGUCGCUCGUAAGAAGUAUGAAGGGCUUUUGGCGCGGAAGUGGACGAACGUGAUGCGGUUACAAAGGAGGAUUUUAGACCUGGAAUCUAGAGUCUCUAACCUUGAAUCAAAACUCGAGAAUGUAGCACCUGUUGGUGUUGGGGGGACCCCGAAAAGCUGCCUGCCUGAUAUGCAUGCUACACAUACAUUGCAAUCCCACCGAGCAGCGAUAAGUUGUAUUGCAUUCCAUCCAGUUCAUCCAUCAAUAGCCUCAGCAUCCGAUGACUUUUCCAUCAAAAUCUGGAAUCGUGAAGUUGGCACGCUGGAAUACACCUUGAAUGGUCACUUGAGACCAGUUCUAGGCCUUGAUUUCGGUAGACCACAGAGACGCACUCUACUCGCAUCUUGCUCAAACGAUCUCACCAUAAAGAUAUGGGACCCGAAUAAUUGUUACUCAAAUGUUCGCACGCUAUACGGCCAUGAUGAUUCUGUCUCAGCAGUCCGCUUUUUGACGACGACCGGCACAUUACUAGUCUCUGCAAGCCGCGACGCCUCAAUUCGCAUUUGGGAUGCCCUUACCGGCUAUUGCGUCAGGUCGAUUCAUACAGAGGGGAACUGGAUUCGUGAUAUCUCCCCUUCAUUUGAUGGAGCAUGUCUAGUAGUCGGUGGGAAUGAUCGCACCGCUACAGUAUGGGAAACAUCUUCCGGCCAACCCAAAGCGACUUUGUCCGGCCAUGAAAGCUAUAUCGAGUGCUGUACCUUUGCUCCAGCUUCGAGCCAUCUUUAUCUAGGUGGUCUUAUUCCUACCGCAGUAUUGGGUGUCUCAUUAAGAGGCUCGUCUUUCAUCGCCACUGGAAGUAGGGAUAAAUCGAUUAAGAUUUGGAAUGAUACUGGAAUCCUCAUUAAGACAUUGGUUGGCCAUGAGGGUUGGGUCCGAGGACUUGCAUUUCAUCCCAGUGGAAGAUAUCUGGCUAGUGUUGGAGAUGACCGAACGAUUCGCAUCUGGGAUCUGUUGCAAGACGGCCAAUUGGUAAACACAUUUGAUGGAUUUUCCGAUCAUUUUAUAACUUGUGUUCGGUGGGGGCCCAAGCAGAUCAACCAAGAUCUAGAUAUCUCCUAUGUUCUCGGGACUGGUGGUGCCGAUUCCUCUGUUCGAAUUUGGCUGUGA